UCUAAUACUGAAACACUUGAUUUUGGUGCCUCACUUCUUCAAUGCUCUGGAAAGCCAGCCUUCCUCUGCUCUGGGUCCAGAAUGUGGAUGAGCAAGUGGAGACACUAGCGGUAAGGAUGUAUCAGUGUGCAUCUCAGGUUUCUGAACAGCCCAGUAUCUGUAGGAAGCUGGUUUGUAGGCAAGUGGGAGGUGUGAACUGAGGGAAGACAUGAAAGCUGUCAAGUAAGAGCUGACCUUUCCCACUGGCCAUGUCUGAUGGAGCACCCUGGGGCGCAGCUGCUGAAUAGAGAGUACAGUUUCUGGAACUGAGUACAGUUCUCGUGCUCCCAGCUUCAGGCCAUGGAACUGUUGGAGAAAGUCCAGAUGAGGCCACAAAAUUGAUCAGAGGACUGGAGCACCUUCUCGAUGAAAGACAGGCUGAGGGCACUGGGGCUGUUAUCUUGGAGAAAAGGUUGUGUUGACAUCCCAUAGCAGCCUUCCAUUAUGUGGAAGGAGGCCUACAGGGAAGCCAGAGGGACUCUUUGUCAGGAAUUGCAGUGAUAGGAUGGGGAGUAGCAGACUUAAAUUGAAAGAGAAGAAAUUAGGUUAGAUAUUCAGAUUUUUUUUUUUCGGUAAGGGCAGCGAGACACUGGAACAGGUUGUACAGAGAUGCUGUCGAUGUGCCAUCCCUGGCAGCGUUCAAAGUACACUGGAUGGAGCCUUGAGCAACGUGAUCUAGCGAGAGGUGUCCCUCCCCGUAGCGGAGAGGGUGGACCUAGAUGAAAUUCCAAGAUCCAUUUCAUCCCCUUAACGUGCUACGGUUCUCUGCAGAACGUCCAAAAGCCGCGACCAACACGCAGUCCGGGGGCAGAGGCGGCUGGAAGGAAGGGUGCUGGGGCGGGGGUGGCCGCCGGCCGCCGCGCCUGACCGGGGCCUCGGCGGGGGAAGAGUUACAGGAGCCUCAUGCGCCGGGCGGGGCGGUGCUCCGGAGCGGGGCUGGCUCGGGGCUGGGCCUCGCCGCCACCGCCCACCGCGCUCUGCAGCUGCGGGCGGCGUUGGGAUGCCGGGCCGGGAGGCGGAGGUAGGGCCGGGCCGGGCCCUCCUCGCUGGCUGUGCCGCGGAGAGCCCGGGGCAGCGCCGCGGUGGGAGGCGAGGGGCGGCUCGCUGCGCCCCCGCUCCCCUCAGGGUGCUGCGUCGUGUUCCGCGGCCUCGGGGCAGCGGGGGGACGAGGGGCCAGGUGCAGCCCCAGCCCCGUGACGAUGCAUCCAGUCCUAAAGGCCUUCGUGUGUGGCUCCAUCAGUGGCACUUGUUCCACGCUCCUCUUCCAACCCCUUGACCUGCUGAAAACCCGCCUGCAAACUCUGCAGCCUACCGUGAAUGGGUCUGGUCGUGCUGGGAUGGUAACACUGCUCUUUAGGGUUGUUCGUACUGAGAGUAUUCUGGGGCUCUGGAAAGGUGUCUCUGCAUCCUUUGCAAGAUGUAUUCCGGGGGUUGGGAUUUACUUCAGCACUUUGUACAUGAUGAAGCAAAAGUUUCUUGUGGACCGUUCACCCACAGCCCUGGAGUCAGUCUUUCUGGGUGCCACCGCUCGUGCUGUUUCUGGGAUUUGCAUGUUGCCAGUGACUGUAGUGAAGACCCGAUACGAGAGUGGAAGAUUUGGCUAUGGGAGUGUGUAUGGAGCCCUGAAGAGUAUCUAUCAGACUGAAGGGGCUCGUGGCAUGUUCAGUGGGCUCACGGCAACACUGCUGCGGGAUGCACCCUUCUCUGGCAUCUACCUGAUGUUCUACACACAGACCAAAAACCUGACACCUCAGGACCAGCUGGAUCCAGUGCUCGUGCCCUUGCUGAAUUUUGGCUGUGGGAUCUUUGCGGGAAUCUUGGCCUCUUUGGCAACACAGCCUGCUGAUGUCAUCAAAACACACAUGCAGCUGUCACCCCAAAAGUACCACAGGACUAGCCAGGCCGUUGCCUUUAUCUACAAGGACUUUGGGCUGGUUGGCUUUUUCCGAGGUGGUGUGCCCCGAGCCCUCAGGCGCACUCUGAUGGCAGCAAUGGCAUGGACAGUAUAUGAACAGAUGAUGGAAAAAAUGGGCUUGAAGUCCUGACUGAGCUGCACGAGAAAGGACCAGCUUCAUUCCUUCCAUUUGCUGUGAACAACUGGCACUGAGAAGUUCCCAGUUCCACAGAGGAAAAAGCCUUCCUCAUCCAGGAGGAAGAAAGCCCUUCUGAGACAGGGGAUUGGGCCUUUUGGCAAGUAGAGGAAAGAAAGGAUUGGAUCUUUGCGUUGUUUGAUCAAUGCAUUCCAGAAGGACUGCACUUGCAGACUGCCAUGGGAAAUGGUAGGAUUUUCACAGCCUGGUAGCUAUGCUAAGAAGCCUCUUUUAAAAAUAAAUCUGUGCUCACUACCUUUAUGCAGUGAGACAGUAUUAGAGCAAAAGCAUUCGAGGAGAAAACAGUGAUGGCGGAACCUGCAAGCCUGUUUGUUGCUGGCAUGGCCAGAAAGACCACAGUGACCAUCAUCUGAUACAGUUCCUCCUUCCUCAUAUGCUUUAUGUUCACAGGGGAACACUAGGCCCUAAUGGGAAACUGGAUCUGUCUCAUAAUGCUUAUAUUGCAGGAGUGGGUGGAAGAGAAAUGAAGUGCAGAGGAAAAGCUACAAACAUGGUCUCUGCCACUACUUUUGUACUGUGGGGGAUCACAGAGAAAGUAACUGGAACCGCCUUGCUGUGUUAUGUAUUAUUAUGUGAUUGAGCAUCUUAACACUCUUGAAAUGUCCUUCUGCCUCUACAGCAGAGUUUGCACAGGAAUUAAGAAGCAUAAGGCACUUUAGAAUUGUUACCAAAGCUCUACUUGUUCUCUGAAAAAAAAAAAAUUGCUGCUGGUCUAACUAUAGCAGGAACACUCAAGUGGGUUUUGUUGGGGAUUUUUUAUGCAGUUGUCAUAGAGACUUGCUUGCUUCCUAUUGCUUGUUUGUUUAUCCCUGAUUCUUAUUCCUUAUAUCCUUAACCCUGAUCAACGCCCUCAGUGUGAAGUGGUCCUUAGAUGUAGCCUUUAGGGCCAUGGUUCAUAAUGCGUAAAUGUAUAGUGGAAACUGAUACAGAUACUGGCACUUCAGAUUUCCCUUAAAACAUCACUGACUACAUGUGGAGUAUGUUUUGAUUUAGGAAGAAGAGGUUGCUGUUUCCGCAAGCUUUCUCCAAAGUUUGAGCCCUUUGGGUUCUUGGCAGGGACCUUUUACUUCCUUAGGGCUCCACACAGACCCUUCACAUUUUCCUGGCGGAUCCUUCUCUCUUACCAGGUAGUCCAUGUUUGAGUAUGCCCGAGUUUAAAUACACUUUUCAUCCUCUGUGCCUUCUUACUCUUUCCUGCUGUGUUACUCAGACCUCACAGUGUGUGCCAGGUACAGCCUUUCUCCUCUUCACUUGUGCCUCUGUGGUUGGGUCCCUUGCAGCUGUUAGCAUAGCCAUGAAGCUGGCUUGGAAGUGUGCAUCCUGUUCUGUAGUGUGCCUUGCAGAAUACUUACCUUUGACCUUUAUUUUCUUAAAUAUCUGUUAUUGAAUAGCUUCAAUUAUUAUUGCAAUUCACUUUAGAACCAGAGCACCUGUCUCUAAAUAUGAAGGUACAACACUGUAGCUGUAUGAACGACCACUGCUACGUACCUGUUCAUAAAUUUUAGGGUGUAUUUUGGACAAUCACUACCUGCCCAGGCAACUUUCCAAGUGCAAGAGCAGAGGGGAUGUGGGUUGUUAAAAGUAUUCUUUACCAGAUUUCAAUUCCAAGAAGGCUUGACAAGUUGUGUAAAAGUUGAGUGAAAUGUAAAAGGACAGGCUGGGGGCUUGGAAAGUGCUGCCUGUUUUUAGAUUCAGCCCAUCUGUGAGGGGAGGCUGUUGUUCUACAGUGCAGGAGUCUCCAAGAAUGGUGGUGGAGGGUUCUGUGUGCACAUUUCUACAUGUUAGCAAUAGACUGCUGCAUCAAAUCAGGCAUGUGGCAUGUUAUUUGCUUAAUCAUAAAUGUGAACACCUCUUCCCUUCUUUUGCUCUUCCUUCUGCCUUUAGUGGCCAAAACCUGUGAGAGUGCAUGGAACCAUGAUAACUGCACAUCCUGCUUGUUUGCUAUCCUGAGCACUACUGACACAGAAAGCAGGAGAACCAAGUCUAGGAUUGCUGACCUGGUGGAAUAAGGUGGCAAUUAGAUGAGUUGCCUCAUUUGUCCUUUAUUCCUCUAUGUAUGGGAUGAAACCAGCAUUGUGGUGGGAGCCUGAAAUUUCUUUGGGGCUUUUUAAAUCUGGUGUGUGGGUUGGAUCUGUUGAUCAUCCUGGGCUGUGGUAGGCAAGAGCAGUGUGUGGAGUCACCUGCAAGGUGCUUCUCACAUAUUUUGUUCCUGAUUUAGCAAUGGCAAAGCAAUGUCCAACCUGUGCAGACAGAAACUUAAGCUCAUUUUUAAGAGGCAGACAAGCAAAGAAUGCAAGGUAAUCUGGAAUUAGGUAAGGUCCUCAUCAGAAACCUGAAUUUUAGAAACACUUUGUUGGCUUUUAUGUUCCUGUACUCCUGCGUGGUCAGGUAACAGAAGUAAAGAAAUUAUUCCCAUGUGUUAAUGUUUUAAGAUCUGCUGUGGGAUUGGUUGUUAAAAAUCUGGAAUCAGGCCUAAAGCAGUGUUAGCUUUUUCUUUCGGAAAAUUUUUCUAUUCUUGCUUUGGUACUUUGUUAUUGGAGUAGAGUGAAGAACUAUAUGGUUUUUGGCUUGUCGAUUCACCUGGGCUCCUCUGAGUUUAAGAAACAGGGAAUCUAAACUGCACCAUGUUUCAUCUACCACUGGUGCUGCAAAUCCAAACGUUUGCCUGUGAGUUGGGGAGAAUGAAUUUUGUGGUGCAAGCUUGUUGUUUGUUUCUCUUUGUUAUUUCUUUUGUUGGGUGUCAUAUGGGGGAAGGGAAAGCCUGAAGUUCUGCUUCACUGUUCUGAAAGCUUUAUUACAUGGUCAGGCAUAAGACUGUUUCUCAGCUCUGAUCCUUACUGUCCUCUACCCUUUUCCCCUCUUCAAAAACAUUCUGUUUCUGAAGUGGUUUAUUAAAGUUACUCUUUAAUAGCUGUAGCAAGUCAAGAUAAUCAAUCAGUUGUGUGGAUUUGGAGUUUGGAUGUAUUGCCCUUGCGGUUUAAUGCUUCUGCUUAACAACAAAUUGUCACUGUACAGCCUAAAGGUAAAGUAAAUCAAAUAAAAGAUCUGGACAGAGCUGUUUAAUCACCUCCCUGCAUCAAGCCAGCAAUUUAACAAUCUUGUCAGAUAAUAAUUUCCAAAGCCAUAUUAGCUUGGAGACACUGGUGUGCUCCCUCUGUGCACUUCAGGAUUGCAGUUGGCUUGCUCUUGGACUGACCUCUGUUGUUGGCAAUGCACUGUUAGUGAUCGUGCACUGUCUCUACUUGCCCCUGCAGCUGUGUCUUAAGAACACAGCUGGCUGGCAUGUUGAGGCAGGCAGUGUUUAAGUGAGUUGUAAGGACACAAAAGAAACAGUCUGCUUUUCAUGCUUUAGAAACUUCAUGUUUCCACUCUUCCUGUGUGAUUAUUUAUUUGAGUUUUUUUUCUCUCAGUGUCUUAAACAGAACUGGAGCUUGGAAACAUUGCAUAGCUUUGAAUAUUGUGAGUUCUUUGUCUGUAUAAAAUAUUUAUGUGAAAAGGUGUAUUAUAUGUUUCUAUUAAAAAUUGGUUGCUAAAAUUAG